AUGUUCCCCCCAUCCGGAGGCUACACAUUGGACAUCGAAGCUAUAUCCGGGAUAUGUGGUUCGAUCAGUAUCGCCUGCUGGGUCGUUGUCUUCUCCCCUCAAAUCAUCGAGAACUUUCGAAGGAGUUCUGCGGAAGGUCUAUCGAUAGAAUUCAUCAUCAUCUGGCUGGCUGGAGAUGUGUUCAAUAUCCUCGGAGCAGUCUUGCAAGGCGUCCUUCCCACUAUGAUCAUCCUGGCCAUCUACUAUACUUUCGCCGAUAUAGUACUACUGGGCCAAUGCUUCUACUAUAGGGGCUUUACGUUGAGAGAUCCGAAGCCGGACCCGGUCGCGAAUGGGAAUGGCAAUGAGUCGGCUUCUGAGAGGACGCCACUUGUGCAGAACGGACACGCUUCUGGGCAUGAUGAACGACACGUACCGAACGCGGCAGAUAUCGAACGGAAUUCCCGCGCUCAAUCUCAAUCGUCCUUUCGCGAACGCUUCGCAAGCCUAGACAUGAACCAUAUGUCCCCUGCCGUCCCCAUGCACCCACAACCCAAGGAUGCCAGCGACGUCCAAGCGAUUACCCCACCCAAGCCUCGCACCUGGACCCAAGCAAUUCUUUUCAACAGCACCGUGAUACUCCUAGUCAUAGCGGCAGGUAUUGCAGGUUAUUACCUAUCUCCGUCGAGCCCCAACGAACCGAAAAAGACGCACGAUCAUACCACCCCAGCAGAUGACCAGGAGGACAGCUUACAAUUCAGCUUCUGGGGCCAAAUCUUCGGCUACAUCUGCGCCGUCUUAUACCUAGGCUCCCGCAUCCCACAACUACUCCUCAACUACCGCCGCAAAAGCACUGAAGGGUUGAACGCCCUCUUCUUCCUCUUCGCCUGUAUCGGAAAUCUGACCUAUGCAUGGGCAUUGGGUCGGAGGGAGCUGUAG